AUCGCAAUAUGUAUUAAGAUUCAUGAUAGUGUCAAUCUUACAUUUUUAUGGUUGCAGCUUUUUAUAAAUAACGAAUGGGUUGAAUCUAAGUCAGGGAAGACCUUCGACACUGUAAACCCUGCUACCGGGGAAGUAAUAACCCAGCUGCAGAGAGGAUCUAAGGAAGAUGUUGACGUCGCGGUCGAAGCGGCGAAAGAGGCUUUCAAACUGGGAUCACCCUGGCGGAAAUUGGACGCUGCGAAAAGAGGAAAACUCAUCUAUAAACUAGCCGAACUUCUAGAAAGGGACUCUGUUUUACUUUCUAGCCUGGAAGCGCUCGAAUGCGGAAAAGUUUACGUACCUACUCUGAAAGGAGAUCUGCCGUGGGCUGUGAGGAAUUUGAGGUAUUUCGCAGGAAUGGCUGAUAAAGGCAACGGGAUCACUGCACAAAUUGACGGCAACUUCAUGGCUUACACUAGGCAGGAGCCUGUGGGCAUUUGCGGCCUCAUAACCGCCUGGAACUUUUCGCUGCUCAUGAUUACCUGGAAAUUGGCACCGGCCAUCGCGGCAGGAUGCACGAUGGUCUUGAAGCCGUCACAGCAUACUUGUUUGGCAGCCCUGCAUCUCGGUGAGCUGGUUAAAGAAGCAGGUAUACCUCCUGGGGUAGUAAACAUCGUCCCUGGAUUCAGCGACGUAGGAAGUGCAAUCGCCGAACACCCUGAAAUCAAUAAAAUCUCUUUCACCGGCUCGACACCUGUCGGUCAAAAAAUUUACGAAAAGGGCGCACUCAACAUGAAAAGACUGACGUUGGAACUCGGGGGAAAAUCUCCAAAUAUAAUCUUGAAAGGGGCAAACAUCGACGAAGCAGUCGAACACGCACACUAUGCUGCAUUCCACAACAUGGGUCAAUGCUGCUGCGCUGGGUCCAGGACGUUCGUGCACGAAUCAUUGUACGAUGAGUUCGUCGAAAAGAGCAAGGCAAGGAUCAAAGCGAGACGGAUCGGAAACCCUUUUGAUUUAGACGUCGACCACGGACCACAAGCGACACAAGAUCAAUUGGACGUCGUGAUGAAAUACAUCGAAAUAGGCAAAAAAGAAGGUGGACACGUCGAAGUUGGUGGAAACCGAAUCGACCGGCCGGGAUUUUACGUCGAGCCUACUUUAUUCACAAACGUUAAGGAUGAAAUGACCAUUAGCAGAGAAGAG